AAUCGGCCAUUUCCUAGAGGUCUGCAAACCUUUUGCGAAACUCGUCGUACAAGUAGAGUGAUUCUAGUACACUGUAGUACAACUGAGCAUGGGGGCAGUGAACGACGUGACCAACGUUCAAAAAUCCUCAGCUGGGAUGAAAACUAUGCGACGAAACUUCGCGUUUCGCUGAAUUUGUCAGUGAACCAGUAUCGAGAUCAAUUUGCACUCCGUGCUCAUCGCGCUACUUGCCUGGAUGCUGAUCGUGUCAGACUGUAAAGGAACUCUUGUCUUGUCGCAUGGAAGAUCUUGGCUCAUACCCACUAGCGUGAGCGCAGCCGCACUUCUUUAUCGCUCGAGUAUGCUCAGUGAAUUGCUGAAAUGGCAGAUCGACUCUCUGGAGUUGCUAUCAUUAUCUGUAUCGCUCUAGGAGUCCUGACCUUUCUCAUCCUGUUUAUAUUCGCUAAAAGGCAGAUAAUGCGAUUCACCCUCAAGUCGAAGCACAGCCCCCACGUGCCAAUAGGCCACGGUGUGUCGAAGUCGCUGAAAGAUGAAGUUGAUAGGCGGCUGCUAAUUAUCAAAGAUAUAGCCUACGAGCCUACACUACUCAAGCCAAACGAGUGCCUCUCGGAGCAUAGUAAUCUAUCUCAAGUGCAACCGCAGCAUUUGCUUCGUAUGGGUGUUGUGGACAAGCUUUCGGAACUAGAGGAGCACAUUGGAGGAAUCGAUAAGACACGAAUCCGCAAACCAGGACAAGAUGUUCGAGUCUUCCUUCUGCGUCAACUUCACGGGGGACCGUUCGCAAAUUGCGAUCCUCGCACUGUACACAAAUUUCUGGACUUGUACGAACAUGCUAGGCACAGUCCGAAGGAGUUCACGCAUGAACACUACCUUGCAUUCAUGGACAUUUUAGAACAGCUGAAGUCAAGCCUACCCUCUCGGGAAAAGACCACACCUCGUCGCAGGGACACCACACAGCCACCCAAGAGUAGCGAGUCUCCAAAUGUGAACUUCUUGUCUUCUACAAUGACUCUUCCAUUGCCAGACGCUAUCCUACCAGGCAACAACGGAAGGCCAGUGACUGAGCCACUGGCUAGCUGCCGACCAUCUAAUAUUGCAUCUGCAGAAGAUGACAACCGAGAUGCUGCCCUGGAAACUUCAGUGUGAGUGUUGUGCUUCACCGUGCAUCGACCUUCCAUAAGUGUCAAACAUUCUUGCUCCUGUUACCAUUGUUUCAUGGGCUUAUGUUCGAAGGGAGUUCGGUCUCUAUUGAACUAUGGUGGAAGUUUUGCCCAGUUAUUUGUUUUCCCCUGAACUAUGUUGAGCAGUUGUAAAUAAACAUUAAAAAAAAGUAACUA